GCUCGGAGCGCGCACGGGGGCGGGCGGAGGCGGCCCGCUCCGGGGCGGCCGCGCCGCCGGGGAGAGGCGCGCGCGCCCGGACGCCGGCCCCCCUCUCGGCGUUGGCCCGCGAGCUCCCCGCCUCCCGCGCUCGGCUCGCUCCCACCCCUCCCGGCGCGAUUGAUCCGUCACGGGCGCCGCCGCGGCCGUGCUGAGGCGAGCCGGAGCCGGAGCCCGAGCCGGAGCCGGGGCCGGGCCGGCGCCAUUGCGCGCGCGCCGCGGCGGGGAGAGCUGGGCGCGGGGCGGCGGGCCGGGCCAGGCCAUGCGGGCCGAGUGAGCCGGCGCCCGCAGCCCGCGGCGCGGCAUGGCUUCCCCGCGGAGCCCCGGGCAGCCCGGGCCGCCGCCGCCGCCGCCGCCGCCGCCGCCCGCGCGCCUGCUGCCGCUGCUGCUGCUGCCGCUGCUGCUGCUGCCGCUGCGGGCGCCCGGGGCCUGGGGCUGGGCGCGGGGCGCCCCCCGGCCGCCGCCCAGCAGCCCGCCGCUCUCCAUCAUGGGCCUCAUGCCGCUCACCAAGGAGGUGGCCAAGGGCAGCAUCGGGCGCGGCGUGCUGCCCGCCGUGGAGCUGGCCAUCGAGCAGAUCCGCAACGAGUCGCUCCUGCGCCCCUACUUCCUGGACCUGCGGCUCUACGACACGGAGUGUGAUAAUGCGAAAGGGUUGAAAGCCUUCUACGAUGCAAUAAAAUAUGGACCGAACCACCUGAUGGUGUUUGGGGGCGUCUGUCCGUCCGUCACGUCCAUCAUCGCCGAGUCCCUCCAAGGCUGGAAUCUGGUGCAGCUUUCCUUUGCUGCCACCACACCUGUGCUAGCGGAUAAGAAAAAGUACCCUUACUUCUUCCGGACGGUGCCCUCGGAUAACGCCGUGAACCCGGCCAUCCUGAAGCUGCUGAAGUACUUCCGGUGGAAGCGAGUGGGUACCCUGACACAGGACGUGCAACGCUUCUCUGAGGUGAGGAACGACCUGACCGGGGUCCUCUAUGGUGAGGACAUUGAGAUCUCCGACACAGAGAGCUUCUCCAAUGACCCCUGCACCAGCGUCAAAAAGCUGAAGGGCAAUGACGUCCGCAUCAUCCUGGGCCAGUUCGACCAGCACAUGGCUGCCAAGGUGUUCUGCUGUGCUUAUGAGGAGAACAUGUUCGGCAACAAAUACCAGUGGAUCAUCCCCGGCUGGUACGAGCCUCUGUGGUGGGAGCAGGUGCACACGGAGGCCAACUCCUCCCACUGUCUCCAGAGGAACCUGCUCGCAGCCAUGGAGGGCUACAUCGGUGUGGACUUUGAGCCCCUGAGCUCCAAGCAGAUCAAGACCAUCUCAGGAAAGACUCCACAGCAGUAUGAGAGAGAGUACAACAACAAGCGUUCGGGUGUGGGGCCCAGCAAAUUCCAUGGCUACGCCUAUGACGGCAUCUGGGUCAUCGCCAAGACGCUGCAGAGGGCCAUGGAGACACUGCACGCCAGCAGCAGGCACCAGCGGAUCCAGGACUUCAACUACACGGACCACACGCUGGGCAAGAUCAUCCUCAACGCCAUGAAUGAGACCAACUUCUUCGGGGUCACGGGUCAAGUUGUGUUCCGGAAUGGAGAGCGAAUGGGAACCAUUAAAUUUACUCAAUUUCAAGACAAGCAGGAAGUGAAGGUGGGAGAGUACAACGCCGUGGCUGACACCCUGGAGAUCAUCAACGACACCAUCAGGUUCCAAGGAUCCGAGCCCCCCAAGGACAAGACCAUCAUCCUGGAGCAGCUCCGCAAGAUCUCACUACCUCUCUACAGCAUCCUCUCCGCCCUCACUAUCCUGGGAAUGAUCAUGGCCAGCGCCUUCCUCUUCUUCAACAUCAAGAACCGGAAUCAAAAGCUGAUAAAGAUGUCCAGCCCGUACAUGAACAAUCUGAUCAUCCUGGGAGGAAUGCUCUCCUAUGCUUCCAUAUUUCUCUUUGGCCUUGAUGGAUCCUUUGUCUCCGAAAAGACCUUUGAGACACUUUGCACUGUCAGGACCUGGAUCCUCACGGUGGGCUACACCACAGCCUUCGGGGCCAUGUUCGCCAAGACCUGGAGGGUCCACGCCAUCUUCAAGAACGUGAAGAUGAAGAAGAAGAUCAUCAAGGACCAGAAGUUGCUCGUGAUUGUCGGGGGUAUGCUGCUGAUCGACCUGUGCAUCCUCAUCUGCUGGCAGGCCGUGGACCCCCUGAGAAGGACGGUGGAGAAGUACAGCAUGGAGCCGGACCCAGCAGGACGGGACAUCUCCAUCCGCCCCCUCCUGGAGCACUGUGAGAACACCCACAUGACCAUCUGGCUUGGCAUCGUCUAUGCCUACAAGGGUCUUCUCAUGCUGUUCGGCUGCUUCUUAGCCUGGGAGACCCGCAACGUCAGCAUCCCGGCGCUCAACGACAGCAAGUACAUCGGGAUGAGUGUCUACAACGUGGGCAUCAUGUGCAUCAUCGGGGCCGCCGUCUCCUUCCUCACCCGGGACCAGCCCAACGUGCAGUUCUGCAUCGUGGCCCUGGUCAUCAUCUUCUGCAGCACCAUCACCCUCUGCCUGGUGUUCGUGCCCAAGCUCAUCACGCUCAGAACAAACCCUGACGCCGCCACUCAGAACCGACGGUUCCAGUUCACGCAGAACCAGAAGAAGGAAGAUUCCAAAACGUCCACCUCAGUCACCAGCGUGAACCAGGCGAGCACGUCGCGGCUGGAGGGGCUGCAGUCGGAGAACCACCGCCUUCGAAUGAAGAUCACUGAGCUGGACAAAGACUUGGAAGAGGUCACCAUGCAGCUGCAGGACACACCCGAGAAAACCACCUACAUCAAGCAGAACCACUACCAAGAACUCAACGACAUCCUCAGCCUGGGCAACUUCACCGAAGGCACAGAUGGGGGAAAGGCCAUUUUGAAAAAUCACCUCGAUCAAAAUCCCCAGCUACAGUGGAGCACAACAGAGCCCUCUCGGACCUGCAAAGAUCCGAUAGAAGACAUCAACUCCCCAGAGCACAUCCAGCGCCGGCUGUCCCUCCAGCUCCCCAUCCUCCACCACGCCUACCUCCCGUCCAUCGGAGGCGUGGAUGCCAGCUGCGUCAGCCCCUGUGUCAGCCCCACGGGCAGCCCCCGCCACAGACACGUGCCCCCCUCCUUCCGAGUCAUGGUCUCGGGCCUGUGAGGGCUGAGGUGGGGGCGCGCCCGGGGCCCGGGCCUCCCCAGGGCGGAACCGCGCACGGCGGCGACACUGUGGGCUCUGGCUGCUGAGACGCUGGUGCCAGACCAGCCUUGCCGGACUGCUCGGUGGGCACUCAGGUGGACAGUGGGGCGGGGGUGGGGGGCACUUGGCACUUGACCUUGAGCCUUAUUUGUGAAGUUUUUAUUCUUUCCCCAAGAAGAGGAAUGGAGAUGACUUCUUCCUUGAUGUCGGCAAAGCAGGACUUGAGCUGGGCUAUUUGAAAACUUUGCAAAAAAAAAAAAAAAAGAAAAAAAGACACACAACAAAAUCCAGGCAAGGAGAGAGUGGCUGGAAGUCCAGUGGAAGUCACGGAGGGGCCCUGAGCAGCUCGGGCAGAAGCGAGGGGCUUCCAGAAAAACGGUCUCGGCCUCUGCACACACAUCCCUGGCUGUGGCCGCCCCCCCAUCCCCCACCAGGCCAGUCCCUGUCCCCUCCGGGAGAGGAGGUGGGCAGGGCCACCAGGCCCACAGCUGCCCAUGCAGCCAACCCCAGCUUCCUGCAGUCAGGAGGGCGCGGAGUGGGGGGGCGGUCCAGGGCUGGGGUCCACGCCCGCUACCCCUCUGAGCAACGCCACACACAAACACAAUAAUACCCGUUCUGGGACUGUGGGGAUUUAGGGCGCGUGGCUGCAGACGUGCUCUGCGGCACCCACUCCCGUCGGGCACAUCCUGGUGUGUGCUCUGGGGGCUCCCGGUAAUAAGGGGGCCCGCUGGAGCUCAUCACGGAAUGUCUGUUCCCCACCACACCCCGACAGGUCGACUGUGCACUUUAACCUCCCUCGCAAAGGCCCGAGGGCUGGCUGGCAGGUGGUGGGGUUUCCUUUCCCCACUGACUUUGUUUCUGACCAAAGUGAAUAGGGGGGGCAUGCUGCUUAGAAGACACCCGGGGGGGACCGUGGGAGAGAGAGUGGGCCAAGGGCCCCCCUGGGCUUCCAGGAGGCUCCUUCCUUCCCUCCCUCCCCACCCAGGCCCCCGGGGGGACAGUGGGGGAUGCUCGCUUGGUAAAGGCUCUUCCCUUUCCACGGAACCCCAUGAGUCCAACAGACUCGAGCCCCC